AUGGGUCAAGGAAGUGUUGGAGGGGCUUUCGCGGGUUCUGUUGGGGGUCUUGGGGCUUCUUGUGGGGUGCCUGUUGCCUCUGGUGGUAGAGGGCCGCUUAACCCAGAAGAGCCGGCGAAAUACAUCAACGAGCUUCCGAAACUGACUCAGACGGACUUGUCACAAUCAGCUGUUGUGUGCGGGAAUUGGGUCGCUCAGAUUCGGCAGAUCCUUGUGGGGUUGUCUCCUAACGCAAGUACGUGGUGGCUUGGUGUGGAGGGUCCUGCAAAUGAAGCAUAUCAAAAGUGGUUGGUGGCUGACCCACUGGGGAGGUUGGCGAUUGAUCCCUCGAUGGUAAAGGGAACCUUCGAUGCAUACGCGUUUAGCCGGGUAGAAAGUCGGGCUGUAAGCUUGCUACUUUCUGCUGUUCCACAGGGGGUUAGGGCAAAGGGUGUUACUGAAGAGUCAGCGAGUGCAGCUUCGAUUUCUCAGACACCGCAGCCAAAGGCUGCUGCCACUUCGAGUGCAACGGUGCAGCAGGAGUUGCUGGCAGAAGCUCAGAAGUUACUUAAGGGCGUAACCUUGAAGGCUGCUAGGGUUCAGGAUGGUGGUGAUCUUGCAAUUGAUAGGGCCUGGCUUCUGUCGGCUAUGGCUAGUGCGUCGGAUCCUGAUUUUGCGCUUGUGGACAGUGGAGCCACAAAUGGGUUAAGGCAAGCGGAGCCGGGCGAAUGGGAGCGUACUAGGGCCAUUCAGGUUGAUUUAGCUUCCGGAGUUGCGGAGCUUCACAUUGAUGAGAGGGGGACUCUCUUGAGCCAGGCUCCCUGCCAGGUCAUAGUCCCUGCCGGUUACUUAAUUGAACUGGGUUAUGUUGUGAGCUGGAAGAAGAAGGGCUGCUUGAUUACUCAUCCUAGGGAUGGUAGGCUUCGGGUACAGGUAGUUAAGGGAUGCCCACUGAUUCCGAGGGAUGAUGGCUUGAGAUUGCUGCGGGAGUAUGAGGGUCUUAAGGAUAAAGGAAAUUCCCCCCAACGGGCGGCGGUUUGUCGGGAGAGUGAGAUUGUUGAUCCUGCGAAUGCACGGGCUUGGUUAUGCAAGAUUCUUCGCUCCAGGGGCGAACAGGGUCCGUCUAUUGAGGAGCAGGAGUGUUUUCUCAGGGGGAUGUUUCCCGAACUGCCGGAUAAUUGUGUUCGGAGGGUAGUUUGUCCGGUGUUGGACCCUGGAGAUGUUGAUCACUCGUCUCACCCUUGGAAUCGGCGCUUUCGUCGGUCUGUUGCGCGUUCGAAGCCUGGCGGUAUCUUGCUUCAUAUGUUUGCCAACAAGAAAUCCUGGAAGGGUUUCGACCGGGUGAUUAGCCUCGGUAAGGAUUACCAGUCGGACAUCCUGAGUGACCCGGUGUUUAAGUAUGUGAUGUCGUGGGCCAGUUCAGGGAAGAUUGGUGGUUUGGUUGGAUCAUUGCCGAGAGAGUCGGUCUGGCCUGGCGGUCAAUCUUCUGGUCCCCAGGAACUUUUGAGGGGUAGGUAUGGCGAUCGUUGGGGUUUUGAGGGCUUAACCGGAGAGCAGUCUAGGGUUGUAUGCGAUGAAACGGUUCAGUGGUUCCGAUUCUUUCUGGUAUUUGCGGUAGCACAAGCGGUUAAGGAUGCUGAGAGCGCUCCGGUGAGCUGUCCUGUAGCGGAAAGGGGGGAGGAGGAGGUCCCUCCACCUGGGGUCGAGGAUCCCAAGGAUUUAGCUUUGUGGGCAUUACGGGUUGCGUCUAAGAGGAUUAGUGCUGCUGCCAUUAAGAAAGACAACGAGGGGAAUCGAUCCACUGUAUUCUUGACCUUUGAGCAUCCUUUUGAUUUCACGGAAGGUUCCGGCAUUGGUCGGACGGAGCUCGCUGGGUAUCCUUCUAUGUGGGCAUUUAGGGAGGUUCAAGAUCUCGUUGGGGUGUACGGGUUGCACAUCGCAUCAUUUGAUCAGGGAUUGCUUGGUGGCCGUAAUGGGGAGCUGACAACGAUUGCUACCUCUUCGUGGUUUCUGUAUGAGGGACUUCAUGGAGUUGGUAUAGAUUUGAAGGGUGAUCCUAGUGGGGAGUUGAGGCCUUGCAUUGAGUAUUUCGGGUGGUCCAUUGGGUUUCUAGCGCGCGUACAAGGGGCUUGGUUGGAUUGGUGUGCUGGGAAGGAAAGUGAAGCUGUCGUAGCUGAGCGGAAGGUUUGGCUAGCUAAGCUUUCUGAGAAAGAGCUACUUCAGCAGCACGCUGAUAACGAUCAUGUUCCGUUUCUUCGGGGUUGCCCCGUGUGUAUAGCUGCACAGGGUAGGCAGAGAAGCCAUUGGAGGGCCGAGGUAACUAGCCUGUAUUCUCUUAGCUGUGACUUAGCUGGACCGUUUAAGGACGGGAUGAGUUUUGAUGCUACAGCUUCUGGUAGAGAUAAGGGCAAAGGGUAUAAGUACUUCUUGAGUGCUGCGUAUUCGGUGCCGGUGAAACCGGUGUAUCUUCGGCCAACGGGGGUCGAAGAGCCUCGCCCAGAGGGGGCGGAGGAUCUCGAUUACUCUCCUUCUGAAGCUGAGGGUCCGGAGGGUCAGGCUUCAGGUGUAAGCGGGUUGGAUGCUUCGCUUAUUGUAGAAUCGGGGGAGUCUGAUCUGUUUGACGCUUCGGGGGGUUUGGGCCUGAAGGCAUUGUUUCGCAGAGUCCGGGAGAAAACUUUUCCUGCUGUUGAUCCCCUGGAUUCGAGUACUUCCUUUGCGCAUCAGCGAGUCGCUGAGACAGGGCCUGAAUCUCCAGGUGAUAAGGGUCAGUCUUCGGUUGAUGGUGUAAGGGUUGAGACAAAGACUUUGUUUCUUGGGGUCCCGUUAAGAUCCAAACAUGGUCCUGCUGUUAUGGCACAGAUUCAGGCCCUUGUGUGUCGUCUUGAAAGCGCAGGGUUUCCGGUUCAUCGCUACUUUAGUGAUAGGGCUAAGGAGCUGAGGAGCCAUGAUUUGGUACGUUGGUUGCGCGAUAAGGGGAUUUACGCCUCCUUCACGGCUGGGGAAGAUCCUCAAGGUAACAAAGCGGAGUUAGGGGUGCAACAUUUGAAGCAAGGGGUCAGGAAGCUCCUGCAAGCUCCGGGUUUGAGUAGCUCCUUUUGGCCGCUAGCGCUACUGCACACUUCUAAUCGUAACUUCCACGAACUUUGUGCAGCUUUGGGUCAACCACGGCCUGCUAUGCUGAACUUUGGUGCACCUGUUGAGGCCAGAAAACGCCUUAAAUCGGGGCACAAGAAACAUUGGGAGCCGCGUACGGUUCCUGGUCGUUAUUUGGGACAGGCUCCGGAUUGUACGGGUGGACAUCUAGUUCUAGUUGGCAAGAAUUUGUCGGACCAGAAGGUUCUCCUAACCAACACGAUUUAUCCAUUGCGUCCCGAGCCUGCGCCCCCUAAACCCAAGUAUCGACUUUCGGGUAAGCGCUCGCCCGGCUUUGCAACUCGAGCUGUAGCUGCUGUGGCCAGUCUCUGGCCUUCCCGAAGACCUCGUGCAUCCAGGUUGUCACCUGGGGGGGAGUCCUUUGAGUGUUCGGAUGGAGUCCUGGGUUUUUCGAGUGAAGGCGCGGGUUCUUCCUUGCUGAGUUUGGGGGCUUCGACACCAAAGGAUUCUUCUCGGGACGUAGAGCUUGGAGAAUGGGUCGAGGUUGAUUCGGAUUUCGAAGCUGAGCAGGCGAUGUGCCUGGAUAUUCUUGAUGAAGAGGAUUCUAGGGGCUUAGAGGUUGGGUUGAAGGCGGUAGCCGAGGAACAGAAGGAGUGGUUGAAAGAGUUGAUUGCUUCCGGCUCCUACAGUACUAAUGAGGUUGUAAGGGUUUUAAGAACUUGUGCAGGCAACCUGCAACCGGCGAAUCGGAAGAUUAUGGGAGGAAAGGGUAGGUAUGCUAUUCUUGGCCUGUAUAAUCAAGGGGGUUUCAACGGUGUAACCCGGUUUGCCCUUGAUAACCAGGAAUUGGUGAGGUACUUGAAUAGGUAUGUUGAUUCGUUCGGCAUGGGUGGAAGGUAUACGACGCUGUACUUGUCAUUGAAUACUGGAGUACCAGUGCACCGGGAUAUCAGGAAUGAUAUGACGGCCCCGGUUUGGAUUGUAGCCUGCGGUGACUUUCAGGGUGGUGGCCUAUGGAUAGAGGGCGAAGCCGGUCAAGGUCCCGUGUUAAAGGUUCUUCCGAAUGGGGAGACGCGGUGUGGGUGGAUUCAGGACAUUCACGAUAAACCUUUUGUUUUUGAGGGUUCCAGGUGGCACUGUACUGAGCCUUGGAGCGGUAGGGACCGGUGGGUGAUCGCAGCCUACGUUCCUCGGGGAGCUGGAAGGGUGAUCAAGGAUCAUGCCCAACAACUUGAAAGCCUAGGGUUCAACUGUGAUGGUUUGAUUCCUGGGAUUGGGAAUUCAGGGAUCUCGAUUUCGAAGUGUAACCAGGCGUCGGUAUCGUUUGCCGAUGAUGAUGCCCUUAGUGUUGAGGGUUCCUGUGUUGAUGACGAGUAUCAAACUUCUGAGAAUGACAUUUCUUGGGAGAUUGAUUUUCCGUGUGAAGUGCUUGAGGGUGAUUGGUAUCCAAAUGUCGUUCAAGCUCAUGCUGAGACCGCACGCUUGUGCAGGGUCCUAUCACAAGAGCUGGGCGGAUGUUGGGAUUCGUUCUGCUUUGAUGGAUUGUUCGGGCAGCUGAGAGCGGCUGAGAAUCAAAGGGAUUGGUAUGAAGGGCUUCUCUGGGAUGAGUUUCUUCGGGAUUCCGCGAUAUCCUUGAGGUCACUAAGUACAGUUCCUUUGGGCAGUGAUGAGCCGUUACCGGCUUCAGAGGUGUUCCUUCAAACUAGGACGGUCUCUAUGACGGAAGCUAGGCGGGAACUUCCGUUGUGGAUUCCACCGGCGCAGGAGGAAGUUACGUCUCUUGAGGAUGUCCAUGAAGCAGUCAUUAGAAUACAAGUUCCGGAUAUCGAGGCCCUUGUUAAGACUGGUCAUCGGGUUGUUCAGGUUCCGGGGAAGGCCGUGCUUACGCGGAAGUCCGGUGUAGGUAAACGUCGGUUUCGAUGCGUGGCAUGUGGGAACUUUAUCCCUCAAAAUGAGAACGCCCAGAGCCUCUACACCACUGGAGUUGAGGGUGUGACUUUAAGGGUAGCACUUGCUUAUGCUGCACAUAUGUCUUGGGUUGGCCGGACCGCCGACAUUAAGACUGCAUUCCUGAAUGCCCCCUUAGAGGAAGGCUACGAUAAUGGGACAGAGGAGAUUGUAGUUGUACGCCCUCCUCACAUUCUUGUGGAAAUGGGACUCCUUGGUGGUUCGCGCUUUGUCCUGAAGCAAGCGAUUGCUGAUGAGUCGUUAUGGUACAUUAUAAAGGCGGACAUCUCGGAUGCUAACAACUAUGCCCUGAUGGUCGUGUACGUCGACGACAUCUUGGGAUUGGGACCGAGGGACCUUUUGGUAUCGCUCUUCGAAGCCAUUAAGAAUAUUUGGACGAUUUCUGAACCAGAGUGGAUUGUCAAGGAGAAAUCUGUAAAGUUCUGCGGCAUUGAAUUGUGGGCACUUGAUGACGGCUUCCGUAUGUCUCAGUCGGAUUACUUGAGGGAGCUAUUCGCGAGGUAUAACAUUUCCACUGGUGCGAGCUGUCCUAUGUCAUCCUGGAGCGAACCGGAACCCGAGGUAGAUGCAACAACAGAUCUGAUCAAGGAAGCCCAAGGGGUCACAGGUGCACUCCUAUGGGCUGCUUCGAAAAGCAGACCGGACAUCAGCUACUCUGUCUGUAAGCUUGGGCAGUACGCAACAAAAUCGCCGGGUAUCGUCGUCAAGGCUGGUAUGCAAAUCCUUAAGUAUCUCUUUGACACUGUAGAGCUGGGCAUUGAAUACAAGCGAACAGCAGGCACAGCUUGGUUGGACACACCAAUCCCGAGAACGGUUGGUACGGUAGAGGUGUUCACUGAUGCUUCACACGCGCCGGAGGGGGCUAGAAGCCACCAGGCGAUUAUGGUGAUGUGGCUUGGCAGUCUUAUCGCUUGGGAUUCAUCCAGACAACCUUUCACAACACUGUCCAGUGCAGAGAGCGAGCUGGUGGCCAUAAUAUCUGGGGUGUGCGCCGCGGAAUCAGUCGGGGCUAUCUUGGAGGAAUUAGUCGCUGAAGACCUUGUGGUAUCGGCGAUGUCCGACAAUCAAGCAUCAAUCCGAAGCUUCGCUGCUGGAAGCCAUGGCUGGCGUAACCGCCACUUAAGAAUGCGCGCGGCCUCGUGCCGCGAAAGAAUCGAAUCUGGUAGUCUAAUUGUCUCCUUUGUACCUGGAGAGCGGCAGCUGGCCGACUUAAGCACCAAACCGCUGGCAAGACCAAGAAUUAUGUACCUACUAAAUCUGCUUUCAAUCCGUGCGAGGUCGCAGGAUCAGGAGGUUGAUAAUCACGGACGGGUGUUGAGUAGGCUCUGGUUGACUUCGCAGCUUAAACCGGUGGGUUCAGCCCACAUGUUGGCGGGGUUAGCGUUGCUUGCAGCCAUACCGGAAGUGAGAGCGCAGCCUAGUGGAGAUGCGGCUUUGGAGUACUAUGGAUGGUUUAGCUGGUUGAUUAUGUGGAUACUUACCGGGGUCGGUUUAGCUUUAGCUUGGUGGUUUGUGUUUCGCAACGUGGAUGCGGACAAUCUUGAGGAGCAACCGCUUGAAGCAUCCCAAGAGUCUGGCGUGCAUGAGCUUGCUGGUCAGGGUGAUCACGGGUUGUUUGGUUCGGAUGCGGUUGCGGGUUUAGGAUCGGGUUCUCAGGUUGGGGGGAGCAGCUCUAGUAAUGAUCCAGCCGGGUUGAUGCCACAGACGGUUGGCGCUGGGGUUGAUUUUGCGACUUCUCUGACUGGGGGGAGUAGCUCUAGUGGUGAUCCAGCUGGGCUGCUGCAUCAGCAUGCUGCCGAAGCGCUUUUAAAUCAGAGUGAACCAGCUGAGCCAAGUUUAGAUUAUGAGGAUCUGGUCCAAGGGGACGAGGAACCGGUGUUUCCCCUGGCCCUGGUAGGAGGGUAUCUAGUUCGGCAUUUCUUGGUACAGCUGUUGUCGGUAGAAGGGGAAAGGGUUUUGAUGUUCCUUGGGGAUAGGUCUGAGUCUUGGUUUAGGCUUCGGUUGACCUCUACUCAAGUUAGGUUUGGAGUAGCCGGUUCACUGGUUGAGAUUCUUAGGCAAGGACCUUGGGCAUUGGUUUUUAAUGGGCCUCAGUGGCUACUUGCCACAGAGGAAUACAUCCGACGGGGGUGUGUUGAUCCGGGCUUUGAAGAACCAUUCGGAGCAUCUCUGUCAAAUGUGGCACAAUCAUCUCAUGAGGUUCCCGUCAGUGGUGAGCUUACUGAGUUCCCCUAUGUCAUUUGGGCUCCUUCUGACUUUGUUCAUUACCUGAGACGAUUGCUGGCUUUGAACGGCGCCACAUUGUUGAGCUUGCUUGGUAACCAGUCGGUCGAAUGGGUGCGGCUGAGGACCGUGUCGAGAUCCUUUCAAUCUGGGGUCGUGCUUGCUUUAGUGGUAUGGCUUCAGGGUCUGCUUGUCGGUCCAGUGUCCUAUGACGUAGCCACCGCUUACAUUACUGGGCGCAUUGCGCCAGAUUCCGAGAGCGAAGAUGAAGCAUUGGAUGAUUAUCCGCAUCGCGAUCCCGCCUACCAACAGCAUCCUCCGGUGCCAGUGUUUGCUCAGAUGUUUCAAGAAGCUUUUGAGGAAGCUACUUCGUCUGAUGCGAGUGUGACUUCUACUACCGAGCCAUCGGUUUGGAGUGCGAGUUCUAGUGAAGUUGAGGAGCUUGGGCAAGUCGAGGAAGUCGCUGAUAGCUUGAGUCCUUCUGCUGAGGCUGUAGCUGGGGUCCGAUACGAAGCUGAAGACGGGAAGCUUUUGGUUUACUAUGUCGAUGAUGUAUUAGUUGUUCCUCUGCCGGGGUGGAGCCUCGCGCAGGUUCUGGUGGUAGUUCAAGGGCUACGCACAGGCGUUUGGGAUAACUUUCAAGAGGCCUUGGAGGCUGUUUCAGGUGACGGGGCAGAAGCUCCUGGGUCUUAA